GAGUUGGGAGCGACUCCAGAGCCUCCUGCAAGAUGCUGCUGAUUCUGCUGUCAGUGGCCCUGCUGGCCCUGAGCUCAGCUCAGCGCUCAAGUGAAGAUGUCAGCCAGGAACAAUCUCCCUCCCUAAUAUCAGGAAAGUCCGAAGGAGAACCGCCACAAGGAGGCAACCAGUCCCAAGGUCCCCCACCUCGACCAGAAAAGCCAGAAGGACGACCCCCACAAGGAGGCAACCAGUCCCAAGGUCACCCAUCUCGACCAGAAAAGCCAGAAGGACGACCCCCUCAAGGAGGCAACCAGUCCCAAGGUCACCCAUCUCGACCAGAAAAGCCAGAAGGACGACCCCCACAAGGAGGCAACCAGUCCCAAGGUCACCCAUCUCGACCAGAAAAGCCAGAAGGACGACCCCCACAAGGAGGCAACCAGUCCCAAGGUCACCCAUCUCGACCAGAAAAGCCAGAAGGACGACCCCCACAAGGAGGCAACCAGUCCCAAGGUCACCCAUCUCGACCAGAAAAGCCAGAAGGACGACCCCCUCAAGGAGGCAACCAGUCCCAAGGUCACCCAUCUCGACCAGAAAAGCCAGAAGGACGACCCCCACAAGGAGGCAACCAGUCCCAAGGUCACCCAUCUCGACCAGAAAAGCCAGAAGGACGACCCCCACAAGGAGGCAACCAGUCCCAAGGUCCCCCAUCUCGACCAGAAAAGCCAGAAGGACGACCCCCACAAGGAGGCAACCAGUCCCAAGGUCACCCAUCUCGACCAGAAAAGCCAGAAGGACGACCCCCUCAAGGAGGCAACCAGUCCCGAAGUCGAAGAUCUCCUCCAGGAAAGCCACAAGGACCACCCGCAGCAGGAGGCAAUCCCCAACAGCCUCCAGCACCUCCAGCUGGAAAGCCCCAGGGACCACCUCCACCUCCUCAAGGGGGCAGACCACCCAGACCUGCCCAGGGACAACAGCCUCCCCGGUAAUCUAGGAUUCAAUGACAGG